AGUGCCAAAAGAAAGCUAAUAUGAUGUUGGUUCAUGUUGACUGUUAUCUGUCAUGUUGAAAGGUCAAACCUGAUGUUCUCCAUUCCCCUCUUUUAACACUAUAAAUCUGAACUUUCAACCGUUGAGAGCUUUUACGCAAAAACAGUGGCAAUAGGAGAACUGGAAUAAAGAAAGGGCGAUUGAUACAACCAAAGAAGACAAAAGGAUGGGAAGAACAAGGCGUUUUAUAGCGCAAGCCAUCAGUCUCGAUGAUGUGGCCAAUCUUGACCGUCCAACUUGUAGAUGAAGCUUUGUGUUAGCCAUGUCAGUGGACCACUCAGUGAACUAACUAGUAUCUCUCCUCUGUUUCUAAUAGGGUGAUAUAUUGUUUGUACACAUGAGCAAAUCUCCUAUUCAUUCUGGAGACAUUGUUGUCUUUAAUGUUGAGGGACGGGAUAUUCCAAUUGUCCAUCGUGUAAUUACGGUCCAUGAACGACGGGGCACUGGUGAAAUCAACUUCCUCACGAAAGGUGAUAAUAAUAAAGGUGAUGACAGAAAUGGAAUAUAUGCCAGUGGUCAACAAUGGCUUCAACACCAUCAUAUUAUUGGAAGAGUUGUGGGGUUUCUACCUUACGCCGGCUGGGUAACUAUUAUUUUGAAAGAAAAGCCUGUAAUAAAGGAAAUCUCAGGAACUUUACCAGUAACAGGAAAACAAGUUCAUCCAAAAGAUUUCCCUGCCUCUGCACUAUGCACUUUAUGCUUAAAAAUAUCAUUUGUUUGGGAAAAAGAUACAGUUCAUUGAAGGGUUAAAACAAUGUUGGUUUUGCAGUAUCUUCUAUUUGGACUUCUAGCAUUCUGGUCAUCAGUUUGAAGAGAUUAAGUAGCUUUUUUGGCCAAUGAAUUGUUAUGGAAGAUGUGAUCAUCAAGCCUUGAGAGGAGGGCAUUCUUUUGUUUUCUAACAAAUGUUGGAAUAUGAUGAAAUUGGUGUUCUUUGUUACAGCCUAAAAUGAAA